CUAUGAUAGGGUUGUCCUAUAUAUGCCUACCUUGUAAGCAUAUUUAGUUAGUGGGAAAAUAAAGAAAAGGAGAGUUUUUUGUUCAUUUUUUCCUUUUCUGUUAAAGUUUACAUGGUAUCAGAGCUCCGGCUCUGUACCAAUUCCUGCCAUGAACUACCGAGCAGCCAUGACUGGAUCGACUGCUCACACAAGAGAAGACUCAUCCUCGUCUUCAGUAGUUAUCCAAACUACAGAUUACUCCGCUUCAAAUUCUUCUUCCCUACAAAUAACCGUUCAUAAAUUAAAUGGUUCCAAUUAUCUGGAAUGGGCUCAAUCUGUAAAGCUGGCUAUCGAUGGCAGAGGUAAACUCGGCCACCUUACUGGAGAAAUUCAACAACCAGCUGCUGAAGAUCCCAAUUUGAAGAGAUGGCAUUCAGAGAACUCUCUAGUUAUCGCUUGGUUGAUAAACUCUAUGGAACCAGCAAUAGGAAAGCCACACUUAUUUCUGCCCACAGCCAAGGAUGUGUGGGACGCUGUCCGGGAUAUGUAUUCCGAUAUAGAGAAUUCGUCUCAAAUUUUCAAUCUCAAGACGAAAUUGUGGAAAUCAAGACAAGAAGAUAGAGAUGUUACAACCUAUUACAAUCAGAUGGUAACUUUAUGGCAGGAAUUGGAUCUUUGUUAUGAGGAUGAAUGGGACUGCCGUGCAGACAGUGUUCGAUACAAGAAACGGGAGGAGAACGACAGAGUCUAUGUCUUCUUGGCUGGACUAAAUCAAGAACUCGAUGAGGUGCGAGGUCGUAUUUUGGGCAGGAAGCCUCUCCCCUCCAUUCGUGAAGUAUUUUCUGAAGUCAGAAGAGAAGAAUCAAGGCGUAAGGUGAUGCUGAAGUCAUCACCAAAGUCCAAGGCAGAGGAUGAAGUUGAGACUUCAGCAUUGGUUUCUAAGGGGACAGAUUUGGACGGGGAUAAAAGAAGGAAGCCUUGGUGUGAACACUGUAAAAAGUCGUGGCACACAAAGGACACAUGCUGGAAAUUACAUGGGAAACCAUCGAAUUUCAAGAAGAAAAAUGGAGGUGAUAGCAAGGUGUUGCAGACUGUGAAUGAGGAUUCUCAAAAGCAACAAACUGACUUUGAGACACCAGCCUUCACAAAGGAACAAUUAAGCCAACUGUACAAACUCUUUAAGUCUCCACAAUUUUCAGUCACUGAGCCAAAAAGCUUCACUCCUUUCUGUUCUUUUGCUAAAAAUGGAACUGACCACGGGGAGGAUGAUUGGAUGUGCUAGAGAAAAUGGGGGACUUUACUUCCUUGAAGAUGGAUCAGAUAUGACAACACCAAUCAAAAACACAUGUUACGGGUCUGUCUCUAUUACUAGUAAUAAAGAGAUUAUGUUAUGGCACUUUAGACUAGGACAUCCUAGUUUUUAUUACAUGAAAUACUUAUUUCCAGAUUUGUUUAAGAAUAAAGAUUCAUCUUCUUUUCAAUGUGAAAUCUGCGAAUUGGCUAAA